AUCUCACUUUCUCUCUCGCUCACACACUCACCCUCACACACUCCUGAACUCCACUUUCUCUCUCUCUCCCGUAUAGAGCAGUAGGACCGGCCACCACCAAGCUAAAGGAAACAUGAGUUACUCCAGCGAGAUUUACAGCAGCAGCUCCUAUCGGAAGAUCUUCGGAGAUGCCCCCCGGUCCGGCCGCGUGGGUAUGGGCAGCAGCCCGUCCCGCGCGCACUCUGCGGGAUACCGCAGCAGCCACCGCACCUAUGGUUCCCCCUCCGUGAUAUCCUCCACCACCUACCGCAGGACAGCGGCUCCCGGCCGCGUCUUCUCCAUACCGGACUCCGCGAUGGACCUGACCCAGUCCACCGCGGUCACCAACGAGCUCAAGAUCAUCCGCACCAACGAGAAGGAGCAGCUGCAGGGCCUCAACGACCGCUUCGUGUCCUUCAUUGAGAAAGUGCACAACCUGGAGCAGCAGAACAAAGUCCUGGAGGCAGAGGUCACGAUGCUGCGGCAGCGCAACAACGAGCCCUCGCGCCUGCACGAGCUGUACGAGCAGGAGAUCCGCGAGCUGCGGUCGCGGGUGGAGGAGCUGACCCACGAGAGGAGCCAGAUGCACCUGGACUGCGUGCAGAUGAACGACACGCUGGAGCGCGUGAGGGAGAAGCUCGAGGAGGAGACCAAGCUGCGCGAGGAGGCGGAGAACACCCUGAAGGGUUACCGGAAGGACGUGGACGACGCCACCCUGGCGCGCCUGGAGCUGGAGAAGAAAGUGGAGUCGCUGCUGGAUGAGAUCGCCUUCCUCAGGAAAGUUCAUGAGGAGGAGCUGCAGGAGUUGCAGUCGUCUCUGCAGGCCACUCAGGUGUCAGUGGAGAUGGACAUGAGCAAACCGGACCUGACUGCAGCCCUGAAGGACAUCCGAGCUCAGUAUGAGAACCUGUCAGCCAGGAACCAGGCCCAGGCAGAGGACUGGUACCGCUCCAAGUUUGCUAGCGUGACUGAGGCGGCUGCCCGCAACCAGGAUGCUGUCAAGCAAUCGAAGGAGGAGCUGAGCGAGUACCGCAGGCAGGUGCAGGCGCGCACCCUGGAGAUCGAGGCCCUCAGGGGCCACAACGAGGCCCUGGAGAGGCAGAUUGCUGAGAUGGAGGAUCGCCAUAACAAUGAAAUGGGAGAGAUGCAGGAUACCAUUCAGCAGCUGGAGGCUGCCCUGCGCAGCACCAAAGGAGAAAUGUCCCGCCACCUGCGUGAAUACCAGGACCUGCUGAACGUCAAGAUGGCACUGGACAUCGAGAUCGCUGCCUACAGGAAGCUGCUGGAAGGCGAGGAGUGCCGCCUCAGCUCCGUUGGUGGAGCCAUGGUCCAGUCUGGCUACCCGGGAUUCUCCUACAUGUCAGCCCGCACCUACACUCUAGGCGCAUACAGAAAGUCUGAAGCCAAGCCCGAGGAGGAGGAAGAGGAGGCCGAAGAACAGGAGGAGGAAGAGGAGGGAGAAGAGGAGGGAGAAGAUCAGGAGGAGGGAGAGGGUGAGGGUGAGGGUGAGGGAGAGGAGGAGGAAGAGGAGGAGGAGGGAGAGGAGGAGGAAGAGGAGGAUGAGAAGCAGAAAGGAAAGGAGGAGAAGGAGGAGAAGGAAGAAAAGGAGAAGAAGAAGGAGAGCCCCACCGGCAAGAACAGCAAGAGCUAAACUGCUUGUGUCAACUUCAUCUUCAUCAUUAUCAAUAACACAUUACUCAUCCCACCAAUCACUUAUAUGGAUCUGGUCUCUGUUCACGUCAUCUCUGUCACACACAGUUUUGCACACUCCAGACGCCUCACCUCACACCUUCUGUGUUUUUCUGUCUCUGUUUGCUCCGUAAUUCAGACGUGAUUAGAACAAACUCUAUUAGACGGAGAAAAAGUAGAUGUAUUACAGAUGUAUUACGAUGGCAGAGGAGUUUAAUCAUUUACAUACUCUGCUGAGGUCAUGAUUUUACAUCCCAUAAGUGCAGAGGGACGUGCAGGAAGCUAGCAUGAUGUCACAAAGUUUCUUAAGUUUGAAACGCAACAAUGAUUUUUUCCUCACAUGAGCAACAGUAAAUGUGCCAUUAAAGAUCAAUAUUCACAGUAAGAGCAAUCAAAACCUUGAAGUAACAAUCUUGUCAGCACACAGACUUUUAAGAUAAACGCACAGAGUAACAGCCAGUCCAACUUUUACGGUGCUAUUUGAUUUUUACAUAUAAAAGUUGGGGAGUAAGUUAAAGAUUUUAUCAUAGACCGAAGCUCUACCAGCUCAUUCCUGAGUGUCGGCUCGUUACGCGGGAGUGUUCGGAGGAAACCUGCAUCUAUUUGGACUGUAAAUCCAACCCCACGUUUCCCACCGCUGAAGAAUGCUUUUCACUCUUUCUCUUCCUCUUUCUUCUUCUCAUCACUCUCUAGCUCUGCAUCUCAUCCCACCACGACAAACAGAAAUGUACCACUAACUGUUCAAGUCCCUUUUUCAUUCUCUUUAAUUCACUGCAGUGUCACAGCACGGCAAUAAUGGCAACUUGGAGCUUGGAAAAACUGUAUAUACAAAUGUAAUGUGAGGGUGGGUGGCAUUUCCACUUGCUGCAAAGGAGGAGUGCUGCAGCUUCUCCGUGAGAGAGAGUGCAUCUUUGGGAAUGAAAACUGUAGAGUUUAAAUUACUGCUAUAUAUAAUUUUUUGGGAAUAUGAAUUAUCCUUCCUUUGAUUGAUUCAUUUGUCAGUGAAUUUAUCAGCCAGCUCACCUGUCAGAGUUUAAUAUUUAUCUGCAAGUCUACUUUCUUGAUGUACUUUCCCUUCACCGACCUUUUCUCUUUCUCCUUGUACAAAUGUAGUGGUGCUUUUGUUUAAUUUAGCUGGAUAAAGGAAACACGGUGAAGGUAAGUGUGGCUGCUGGUGUCAGGCAGCUGAUGAUGACACUGACAGCCCUCAGCUCAGACUGGAAGUGGCAGGUGGGGCAGAUGCUGCAGGGGUCGUGGCUGUAUGCUACAGAGUGGCACAUAAGGGCUAUUUUCACCAGAACUCCUCCUAUCACUUUGCUCUGCACUGUUUUAUUUCACUGUGGUUUAUUGUUUCGUCCUCUGGGAUCUUAUGUCUGACAAAUGAAUCAACCAACGGCAUGAAUGCAUGGCCUGACUCUUUGAGCUUGAAUAUCUGCUGGAUGGGAUAAAAUUUUUGCUUGUUGUGUGUUCAGUUAAAAAAACUUGCCUUAACCAUGACCGAAAGUUAAAAUAACACGUUUUCACCGCCAUCUCACUUGUUUCUGGGGAGGCUGAGGAGUGCUGACACUUUCCAGACCUCUGCUAUACAACUGUGACUGUACGUGCUGCUCUCUCAUGCAGUGAUAUUCCUCUCAAAGCCAAAUAAAGACAU